UAUAAACCAUGCAAAUUAACAUCAUCUAGUUUUUUCCAAGUUGUGUAUGUAGAAAUAAAAAUAAUUCAAUAAUAUUUGAUGUCAAACGUACCUGGAUUGUUUCUAAAACUUGUGAGUAGUAAUCUUGACAUAGUCCAAAUUAAUAUCAAAUUCAUGCUAUCAUGCACCUUACCCUAGAUAGUGUACGGCUGUUUUUUAUAACUUUUUUCUUAUUUUUUACAGCUGCAUGGAUUUUACAGAAGUUUCCAGAAAGCUACAAAGAAAAAGAAAUCCUGAAGUCUGUGCCAAGUUUUGCGUAUCCCUGUGAAUUCAACAACAAUACUGUUCAACAUUUUUCUUUUGUCCUGACAAAUAUCGAUAGUAAGUGGACAUUUGGCUUUUGUCGCCACACCCCUAAUUCUCCUACAUGUCAUGUUUUAUUGAGUGCUCUACCUUGGCAUGAAACAUUUUAUGCAGUUUUGAAUAACAUUGUGGAUCUAGCAAACAGAGAAGAAGCUGGAGAUUUAUGGCGAUUCCUUGAAGCUAUGUAUCACGUUAUUGUUCCUGAGCCUGGUUAUCAACUUCAUGUUGUUUACAAUGAUGGAACAAAGAAAUUUGUCACUCAGUGUCCAGACCAUCACAAGUUGCCCAGUGUUCCAGGAAAUAGGAAUUUAACUGAGUACGUUAAUGCCAUUGAUGUUACAAACAUGAUGGUUAUUUUUGCAAGUAUGCUUCAUGAACGUCGUAUACUUAUCACUUCAAACAAGUUGAAUCGUUUAAGCUCCUGUGUCCAAGCUGCUAAUGCUUUGAUAUACCCGAUGAAUUGGCAACACAUUUUUAUACCAGUCUUACCUAAUCAUCUCCUAGAUUAUCUGAGGUACAAUGAUGUAAUAUUCAUAUCUUAUAAUGCUUUGUUUCAUGGACUAUAUUCUUGGUUCCAGAGGGUGAAGCAUGCUGAACUAGGAGAACUAGUUAUCUUGAAUGCUGACAGCAACAAAAUAGAAACACCUUUUGAUGACCUUCAAACUCUACCUCCAGAAAUAGUGUCUAAUUUGAAGAGAAAUCUCCGGAAUCCCAGCAACACUCUAGGUGAUGGAGUUGCACGAGCCUUUCUAAGAGCAUUAGUACAGUUGAUUGGAGGUUACAGAGAAGCUCUUAAAAUGAAAAUGGGAGAGAGAAUCAGCUUUGAUCCAGAUGCUUUCAUUCAGUCACGACCAAACUCGAUGCAGCAGUUCCUGGAGAAAAUGCUUCAUUUACAGAUCUUCCAGCAGUUUAUUGAAGAUCGUCUUGACCUACUGAACUCUGGACAAGGUUUCAGUGAUGAAUUUGAAUUUGAAGUAAAUACUUAUGAAGAUAAGAGCAGCAGCAAACUACGAAGUCAAUAUCGGGAAUGGGCCAUUACAAUGAAGAAAGAGGGAGGAGCUCUCUUAAAAACUGUUCGGACAAAGGUGAAAGACAAAAGCAAACGAGCCUAUAAAGACUUACGACUGAAAUUACAGGAUAUUCAGCAGCAAAAGGAAGUUAGUAUGCCCAUCAAGAGAGAGUCUUUAGCAAAAAGUGCACCAUCUAGUCCCAUAGCAUCUCGAAUCACACGAUCUCCUAAGACAAAGAACGGCAAGGUGAUAAAUUAUGUAAAGCCAACAAGUGCAGACUCAAAGGAGGAUGAAGACUUCUGUGAAAUUCAUGAAUCUAGAACCAGACAGUACAACUUAUUGAGUGUAGAUGAGCUAACGAAAGAUGAUGAUAAUGGUUUGUUAUCUGAUGAAGAAUCCACUUCCAACCUGAGCUUUCAGCCAAUCAACAUGGACUUCAUGGGUGAACUACAGGAUUUGUUAUUCCAGCGUUUUUCUUUAAACCCACCCGAGCAGUCCCCUGCUGCAAAACCACCUCCAGUUGAUCGGUCGCUCAAACCCCAGAAAAGCCUACCUGCAUCCCCUGUGAAACUUAACUCCUCAGAAGUUUUAAGACUUACUCCAAGACUUCCAGCUCCUUUACCUCCUCCCAGAACAAAGCGUAAGACAGUUCAAACAUCCUGUAACAGAAGUUUUUUAACAGCAACAUCAUCUAAAGAAGUUGAGCAUAAUGAACCGCCCCUGAUUUGUCUGGAAGAACUGGAUGAUGCUGAAAUUUUUGACCCAUUACUGAUUAAACAACAGAAUAAGGUCUCAUCACUAGAGGAUUUCCAACUGUUGUCACAGGCUAAACCAAACCAAGUCUUUAUUCAAGAAUUAAAAAGCACACUAAAUUCUAAUAGAGGUGCUUGUUCUGUAACAGUCCCCAUAACAGUACAGAGCAAUCCUGUUUAUAGUCAGUGUUUUGUACAACCAAGAAUUGUUAGCCAACCUCAAGUUCUUCCUCCCCUAAGUUAUCAUGGAUAUCCCAUUCCAGAACGUUUCAAUCCUUUUGUCCAACCUUUUCCCACCCCACCUCCUCCUAGUUACAAUAUUCAUCCACCUGUCUCGGUACCAGGAGAAACUGUAACAUCAACAACCUCUGGCUGGUCCAGACAUGUUGAUAUACCAUCAGAUACUAUGUCAAACACGGAUGCUUUGAAGAAUUUGGCAGUCUUUCACCUUCCAGCAUUGUCGGGAGAUUACUCCACCACAACCUCAUCAAUGUCUCAAUCAGGAGAACUGUUUGCUGACCUUGUAAAUUGGCCUGGUCCAGGUUUACCUUUAAAUACUGACUAUAAAACUUCCAAUGUAACUUCCACAAACUCAGAGGUAUCUUUGAGCUCCACUUCUACAACUUCCAGUGCCAAAUUUAGAUGGCAGAGAUUUGACUGAAUGAUUCUUUUGACCAUUGUUUCUGUGAUUUAGUUGUAUUUAAAAGAAUUUAUUUGGUCCCAUUAUUGGAAUUUCAGGGGUUAUAAUAACAUGAAAUAUAUAUAUAUAUAUAUAUAUAUUGUAAAAAGAUAUGCUUUUAAGAGUGAAAAUCAGCAAUGAAUAUCAGAAUAUUUCAAAUCAAGUGAACAGUUUGAUAAAGUUACUUCUAAGUAUGUUUUAUCAGGUUCAGAAACUCAAAGCAGUUGCCAGAAAUGUAGAAUAAACAUCCUCUAACAUAGCUUCAUUAUAUACACAUGCCAACAGAUUUUAUGUUCCUAUGUUUCACAGGUCAUAAGUUUCCUUUGUGUUCCUUUCAUUUAUUGUUGAUACAGAAAAGGGUGUAAAUUAAUAAACUUACAAAAUUCUCCACAGUAACAUUUAGAAUUCUUAGGCUAUUUAUACUCAUUGAUAUUCAAGAGUUUUGUUUUUAUGGUUUGUAUGAUGACUGGAGAAAGAUUGAUUAGAAUAGUCUCUUUCUUUCUCGUAUGUGUGAAAAAUGAUUUAGAUAACGAAAUGUAUUAGUCUAACGAGCUAAAAGACAAGAAAGUU